AUGGCCGAAAAUUCCAUUCUCCUGAAAAAUGGCGUCGCCAUCCUUCACGAGAUCGACGACCAAGCGAAGGCCGACAAGGUGGAUAUUCUCAUUCGAGGCAACAAAAUCGCGGAAAUUGCUCCGACGAUCGAACCUGUGGACGAUGUUCAGGUCGUUGAUUGCACCGAUAAGCUAAUUGCACCCGGUUUUGUCGACACACAUCGCCACAUGUACAACAUCGGACUGAGAGGGAGACAUGGUGACGAUCUGUUACAUGACUAUCUUGUCCAGGGUAUCUUGCAAGCGUCGAGUUUUGACCCAGAUGAAAUCUUUUGGGGCCAACUGGCUGGAUGCAUGGAGUGUAUCAAUGCCGGCACUACCACCGUGGUGGAUCAUUCACAUAUGAACUACUCUGAAGAACGCCCCAAGGCAGCUAUUGCAGCAACCGUUGCCUCCGGCUUACGUUCAGUCUAUGGCUACUGUUUCAACGGCCGUGUGGAUUCGUGGUCUCCAUUUGCAAUGAAUCAAAGCUUUGUGGCGCCGUGGGCAAUGGAUGCUUUGGAAAGACUCUCACAGCAAGCACCAUUUGGUGAUGGCCGAGUCACAUUGGGCGUGGCAUUCGAUGGCUGGUUCUUGCCCAAGGAAGUCCUUCAGCCCAUGUUUGAAAACAUCAAGAAGAUGGGCAUUAAGCAUAUCACGACACACAAUGCACCAGCUGCGCCUGGUCAAGCUUCUGCAGUUGAAGUUAUGGAGUCUUGCGGGAUUCUAUCUCCGUCGGUACUUCUGUCUCAUGCAAACUUCCUUUCCCACAGCGAUAUAUCUUUGGUCAAGAAACGGAAUGCUUAUAUCUCUUCAACGCCAUCAGUGGAACUCCAAAUGUCCAUGGGAACACCAGCUUGCUUCGGCAACGACCGGGACAUUCAAUCACGAUCUUCACUGGGAAUCGACUGCCACAACGUCAUUCUGGCCAGUAUUCCAUCCGAAAUGCGAGCGGCGCUGCUAAAUGGUCGAGGCUGUACCAAUGCAAAAUUCCUGGCAAGUAGGAAAAUCCCCACAAAAAUCUACAAGACUGUACAAGAAGCUUAUGCUCUUGGAACAAUCUGCGGAGCCAGAGCCAUCGGGAUGGAAAAUCAAGUUGGAAGUUUGGCUGUUGGCAAGCUUGCUGAUAUUGUUGUCUUCGAUGCUUUGAGCCCAUCCAUGAUAUGUGGUGCUCAAUAUGACCCGGUCACGGCAAUAGUCAUGCAUUCCACUCCGGGUGAUAUUAUCAUGACUAUUAUCGAUGGAAUCGUGAGAAAGAUGGACGGCAAACUUCAACCGGUGGAAACUACGUCUGAAGUGCAAAUAUUGACGGGAAUUCCCAAGUCCACAUUUCAUUGGUCAGAUGUCGCAAAAGAAUUAUUGAGAACUAGCGCUAGAGUGCAAGAAAAGGUGGAUAAGACUGGUUUUGCUCAUGCAAAGCAGACUGCCAUGACGAUGUUUGGGAUGGAUCCAUCGAUGCUUGUUGAUUCGAUCUGA